AUGGCACCACAAGACUACAACAACGGCGUCCCAGGCCUGCCCUACUUUACCCCAAAACACAUCACCAGUCCAGGAACACCAGCUCCCAAUGCCCAGCAAAAUGGGUCAACGCCGACACUGUUCACACCCCUCACGAUCCGCGGCACCACGCUGCGCAACCGUAUCUUAGUAGCACCCAUGUGCCAGUACAGCACCGCAUCUGAGGGGCCGACCACAGGCGCGUUGACCGAUUACCACAUUGCAACGCUCGGCCACUAUGCCCUCAAAGGCGCAGGUCUAGUCUUUAUAGAAGCAACCGGCGUGCAAGCCAACGGUCGUAUAUCGCCAAACUGCCCCGGUCUAUGGAGCGACUCCCAGAUCCCCGCAUUGCGAAGAGUGUCGGACUUUAUCAAAAGCCAAGGAGCCCAGAGUGGCAUCCAACUAGCUCACGCAGGAAGGAAAGCCAGUACGUGCGCACCCUGGAUCGCUGGUGCACAGAAAACAGCUGGUGGGACAAGGAAAGUCAGCGUAAAAGCCGACGUCGAUGCAGGUGGCUGGCCAUCCAACGUCGUUGGUCCCAUGGGCGGCCAAGAAUGGGCCUGGGAUGAGAAGGCAGCAGACGACGAGAGCAGCGGAUACUGGGCGCCUCGAGCCUUGAGCGAAGAGGAGAUUGGCGAAUUGGUCCAAGACUGGGCCGCCGCAGCGCAACGAGCAGUCAAAGCCGGCAUUGACGUGAUUGAGAUACACGGUGCGCAUGGCUACCUAAUCCACCAAUUCCUCUCGCCCGUCACAAACCAACGAACGGACAAGUACGGUGGUUCCUUUGAGAACCGCACGCGCAUCCUUGUUGAAAUCAUCAAAGCGAUUCGUGCCGUCGUCCCGGACAGUAUGCCCGUGUACCUCCGCAUCAGCUCUACCGACUGGAUGGAGGAAACAGAAAAGGGCAAGAAGCUCGGCUCCUGGGACGUCGAAAGCUCAAUCCGCCUCGCCAAGCUGCUGCCAGGCCUGGGUGUGGAUCUCCUCGAUGUGAGCAGUGGGGGUAACCACCCGGAGCAGAGAAUCAACAUGUUUGAUUCAAAGGACUACCAGAUCAAGAUCGCCGCGCAGAUACGCGCUGAACUGAAGAAGGAGAACCUUGGUCUCUUCAUCGGUGCCGUGGGCCUCAUUACUGAAGCGGAACAGGCGAGAGAUAUUGUCGAAGAAGGUGGAGCGGCUGAUGCGGCGGCCUCCCAAAUCAGCGACACGGAACUUGCAAAAGAGGCUAGGGCUGCGGUCAAGGUUACUGAGGGUAAGGAGCCGUUGGCGGAUGUUGUAUUGGUUGCUAGGCAGUUUAUGCGCGAGCCUGAGUGGGUGUUGAGGGUUGCGUGGCAGUUGGGUUUGGAUGUUGCGUGGCCGAAUCAGUUUUUGAGGGUGAGGUUUCCGAAACUAUAG